UUUGCAAAUACACGUUCAUUAUUAUGGAUUAUCCUAAAAAUUCGUUGUUGUUAAUGCUCUUGUGCACGGCAUUUUUGUCAAACUACAACAGUGGUGGCUUUGUAGAUGCAGCAACAAACAUUGGCUUGAACUACGGCCUCCUCGGAGACAACCUUCCACCUCCAUCUGAAGUUAUCAACCUCUACAAGUCUUUAAGUAUUACCAAUAUUCGGAUCUUCGACACGAAUACGGAUGUCCUUAACGCCUUUCGAGGGAACCGCGAUAUUGGACUUAUGGUAGGCGUUAAGAACCAAGACUUAGAGGCUCUUUCGGUCAGCGAAGAAGCUGUUAACACAUGGAUCGUGACCAACAUUGAGCCUUACUUAGCUGAUGUCAACAUCACGUUCAUUACUGUUGGGAAUGAAAUCAUCCCUGGAAAAAUCGGCUCUUAUGUGCUCCCCGUCAUGAAGUCUCUCACCAACAUUGUCAAGUCGAGGAAUCUCCCGAUCCUGAUCAAGUCGAGGAAUCUCCCGAUCCUGAUCAGCACCACCGUGGCUAUGACCAAUCUUGGCCAAUCGUAUCCACCUUCGGCCGGAGAUUUUACGCCUCAAGCACGUGAACAACUAACUCCAGUGCUGAAGUUUUUGUCACAAACAAGUACACCUAUUCUCGUCAACAUCUACCCUUACUUCGCUUAUGCUGCUGAUUCUGUCAACAUUCAUCUUGAUUACGCAACCUUCAACACCGACGCGGUCGUGGUUCAAGACGGGCCACUAAGUUAUUCAAACAUGUUCGAUGUAAUAUUUGAUGCGUUCGUAUGGGCAAUGGAGAAAGAAGGCGUGAAAGAUUUACCCAUGGUGGUAACAGAGACCGGAUGGCCGUCUGCCGGUAACGGGAACUUAACAACGCCAGAUAUCGCGUCUAUAUACAACGGAAAUUUUGUCAAACAUGUGGAAAGCGGUAAAGGGACACCGAAGAGGCCAAACAAUAGCAUUCAUGGAUUUUUAUUUGCUACGUUCAAUGAAAAUCAAAAGCCAGCUGGAACCGAACAAAAUUUUGGAUUGUACUAUCCUACUGAUAUGAAACCAAUCUACAAAUUGUUUUAAUUUUUAGAUUCUUGAAU